AUAUUAUCCGCUGUCUAAGGGGUUAGAAAAAUCGGCUUAUUCCGAUCAAGUGAGGUCCGCAACUGCCCACCACCUCCUCUUCAAGGGUUCGUCGUGGUCGUCACACCGUAUAAAAGCAGUGGAUCUUCUUGCUAUCUCAUCAGUCGCAAAACAACCAACGAACCAACUCCAAUAGCGCAGCCAACAUGAACGCUAAGCUUCUCAUCAUCUUCGCCCUCGUGGCGGCAACCUUGGCCGAAGAGCAAGCUACUGAAACGAAGAAGGACAAACGUGGAAUCUAUGGAGGAUACGGAGGAUAUGGAUACUCUAGUUACGCUGCACCGAUCAGCCAGGCAGUCUCGGUCGUAACCAAGGAAGUGCCAGUCCCUGUACCACAUCCUGUCGCUGUUCCUGUCGAGAAACACGUCCCUGUCCCGGUUAAGGUGCCGGUCGCCGUCCCGGUCGAUCGUCCCGUCGCCGUUCCCGUCCCCAAACCAUACCCAGUCGAAGUGACCAGGCACGUUCCAGUCCCAGUGGAGAGGCCAGUUCCGGUCCCGAUCAAAGUUCCGGUACCGGCUCCUUACGCAGUCAAAGUGCCCCAACCUUACGCCGUUCCAUACGUGAAACAGAUACCGGUGCCCGUGGUGCAACCUGCAGUCGUGGUCGAGAAGUACAAUCACGGCGGUUGGCCAAGCGGCUACUCCUCCUGGUAAACGGAACCAAUCUUUUUCAUUUUCGUGGAUCCGAGGGAGCUAGCUUCGGCGAUCGUGACAGCGACAGCGUUAUCGUGUGUUCCAAAUCCGAGCGACAGUUGGAUUUCAUGGACGACAGAGAAAGUUGCGGAUUAAAGAAGCAAUAAGAUCUCCGCCCCGGGAUCGAAGAACUAACGAACAACUAGUCCGAGUCCAACCACAUCGAACAUCGAUCUUUUGCCAAAUUUAUAUUUUGGAUCUUUUGUCCCGCGAUAAUGCGAAGAUUGGCCCCCUUUGGAUGGUAUGAUUGGUUAUAUCUCUCUCUCUUGAACGUAUCUGUGAGAGGAAUAAAUCCGCGAGCGUUAACGAUCCUGCGUUAAUCGACGUAAUUGUUCCAUCGCGGUUAUUUGUC